GCCUUCUCUGCAGGCGUCUGUAGUCAUCCUCCAUACGGGUGGGGCCAAAGGUGCCACCUUUCAUUGUUGAUUAGGCGGUGUGCUCCGGUGGCAGUUCGGUUAUGGAGUCCACACGUUGGACGGGUGAUGUCGAAGUUAGUUCCGAUGGCAGUAUUGACAUGCACAACGGCCGUGUGCAUGCACGGCCCCAUUCUCGCGGGCAGGGGGUCCCGAGCAUGCAUUCCUUUGGCGCCGUGCGCCAAUCAACGUCGGCCGUGCAACGUCCGUACUUCCCCUCACGUGCGCCUUCCCUGUCGUUGCCCUUCGAUAGAGGGUGUGGUAGACAGUCUCCCGAGAGGUUGCAUGCAGGCCUUCUGCGUGGUGGUCCACCGGCAGUGGACAUGCGGGGCGACGGCGGUUUUGCCGUUGAUGAUCACUCUUUCUCCGUCCAACAGCAGUGCGAUUUGUAUGCAGCGAGGGCAUGCGCAGAAGGGACGAGCAUGGGUGCAGGUUUUGGCAUGCCGGCGCUGGGUGCACAGAACAUGGACAUGGGUGGCACACCUUGGUCUCCCCAAUGCACCCAGAGCACGGUACGGUCGUUCGGCAUGCGGUGUUCUCCAUCUCCUCAACUGGGGGUUCACACGGACGACCCAUGGAAUCGGAUGAACACGAGGUCGGUGUCUCCAGAGACUCGCAUGGAUUCACCGUACGACGAAGGCACCGCCGUUUCCGAAGGAGCCGACGAAGACGGUCAUGCAGAGCACGGAAGUGUUGUUCCAGUGAUGGCAAGCGUGCCAUGGACAUUGGACGAGCGAGUGAAGCUUGCAUUCCUUAUGGGCGAGGACGAUGGCCUUAUGGCGGAUGCUAACGGCCAACACCAAUUCAAGCAGAGGAAAGAGCGGUAUGCAUGGGUGAACGAUAGGAUGAAGGACGCUGGCUUCAAACACAGGACCGCCGAAGACUGUCGCAAGAAGUGGUCCAACAUGCUGCAGACGGCGAAGCUCAUCGUCGAAAAGUGUCACGCGUCUGGACAGCCGUCGUAUUGGGAUCUAUCUGUGGAGGAACGAAAGGAGAAGAAUCUCCCGCUUUCUUUUGAAAAACCGAUGUGGGACGCUAUGCAGUGGCAACUAAACCGGUCGUCGAUGAGGUGUGACAACACGCUGGCUUCGGAGAACCUAUCGGGGGAUGGAACAGAUCCACCACCGGCGGGAGGAUCGGAUGAAAGAUGCGCGGAGGAGUCGGACAAUUCUGCGAAAGUGAGGUGGACGGUCGUUGGGAAGGCGAGAGGGGAAGAUGGCAGUAGCGGUGGCACGAGUAUGGGGAGGGUCAUGGAAGAUUCUACACGCUCGUACUGUGAUGGCCUGGACAAAGCGGCCACCUCCCUUGCCAAAGCCACCGCAGACGCGGACACCGCAAUCGCUGCUCGGAUAGGGGAUGUGGCCGACGCAAUGCGGGGUGGGAACAGUGUUCUCGAGUUGCUAGUGGGGGUUCUAGCCCGCAAGGGAGCGAAUGGAGGUCACUCCACCAAAGCGGGUCGGGAUACAGACCCUUCAUCUCCGGGGGUUAUGGUCUACGAGAUGAUCCACCACCAGGACGGGUACCACACGAGGGACUUCGAGUUCGCGAUUGGCAUGACAUGUCGCUCCAUCUGUUUCUAUGAAGUCGAUGUCGAUGGGGUCCCCGCUAUGAAGAUGGAGGUGGGGUUGGGAUUCUUCGGAAACAACCUGGGACAUGUGCUCAUCUUCGUCACGAAGGUCGGGGAUGUGAUCCCCAACGAGUGGGGCGGCCAUCCCGUUGAUCUGGCGGGGGAGAUCGUGCUUCUUUACAUCUCCACACUUGCCGACCUGUAUGCAGACCGCCUGGAUCCGCUCCCAUUUUGGAGGUGCACUCUUGAUUCGCCGUUGGUGGGCAGGCCGUAUUUGCACGGGGAAAAUACUGUCAGUCCCGCGGACUGCCGCGCUGGCGGGGGAGAUGAUGAUGAUGAUGAUGUUGAUGAUGAUGAUGAUGAUGAUGUUGUUGAUGACGAUAGGGGCGCUGGUGACGUCGUGAUGCUGAUGAUGGCGAUGCUGAUGAUGCUGAUGAUGCUGAUGAUGGAGAUGAUGAUGAUGAUGAUGAUGAUGGUGAUGGUGAUGUUGGUGAUGGCGAUGAUGAUGGUGGUGAUGAUGGCGUUGAUGGUGAUGAUGAUGAUGAUGGUGAUGAUGAUGACGGUGAUGGUGAUGGUGAUGGUGAUGGUGAUGGUGAUGGUGAUGGUGAUGGUGAUGAUGAUGAUGAUGAAGAUGAUGAUCAUGAUGAUGAUGAUGAUGAUGAUCAUGAUGAUGAUGAUGGUGAUGAUGAUGAUGGCGAUAAUGUCCCCGGCGAUGAUGAUGACGAUGACGAUGGUGAUGAUAUCGUCCGCUCGGGUGAAUCGUCCCAACGGCACAAGUAUCGACGAAAUUUAAAGUCAUUCCAUUACGUAUAUAAACGAACUCGUAAAGGAGUCGGUGAUUUUUGUAGCCCGUUUCGGAUUCUGGCUAUCGGUUGUUGUUGUUGUUGUUUUUUUGUAAUGUUUUUUUGGGUUACGUGCAUGUUUGUGUUUGUAGUCAUCGUCGCUAUUUUGUGUGUGUCGCCCUGAAACCAAUUGCUGGGCGACUUCUUUACUCGGACAGCGUGCUGUUAUUGUGCUCCGAUUUCAUGUUCAUGUUGGGUGUGCUGAAGGCUUUUGUCGCGAAUUUUGCAUUCGGUUUUUUAUGGUCGUCUAAGCAAUGAUCGUCGUGUGUGUUCGUCUAAUAUGUCCGGAUGUUAUUAGUGGAAACUUUUAUCCCGCUUUCUGUAAAGAUAUAUGUUCAUAUCUUUACAUGCAUGGGUGAAUUUAUAUGUUCAUAUGUUCAUAUGCAUGGGUGGUAUAUCAUUUCCGUUUAUACAUUUCACAACAUUAAUUGCUUAAAUUCGUAUGGUUUGUGUGCAUGGGUGAACAAAGAUUACAUUGCGAA